AGUUAAUAAUUUACCACAUGUUUGGAAUUAUUUGUGGAACGAAUGGUACUGUCUAGAAAGAUGGAAUUUGUGGGCGCGUUCUGUAACAAAGCAUAUUAAUGUUAUACGAUCUACUAUGACAAUUGAGAGUCAUUGGUGUGUGAUCAAGCACGAUUAUCUUUCUGAAUAUAAUCGUGCUCAUUUAGAUUUAUUGGUCUAUAUUAUUAUAACACGAGUUCUACCUAGGCAAGUUGAUCGAUUACAGCAGUUACGAGAUAGUCAAACUAUAACAUGUUGGAGAAUUGAUCUUAAAGCAGAGUGGAAUCAACUUAACAAAAAGCCAAUUCAUUCUAAUUCUCA